AUGAUAUUGUCAUUUUACCAAAAAAAUUUGAGGCUUAAUGAAGAAUUAAGAAAAAUGUUGUCUGAUAUUAUAAUUGAAUAUAUGGUCCAGCAUAAAGUUAAUGCAUCUCCUAAAAUCAUUGAUUAUAUUUCAAACGGUAUAAUUAAUAUAUUCCAAUCUGAAGUCAAGGAAACAUAUUUCAUUAAUGUACCUGGUAAAAAACCAAAGGGAAUAUUGUACCAAAAGUAUCAUAAUACUUUAACCAAACUGCGACGGCAUAAGUUAUGGUCUCCUCCAAAAAAAAUUAAAAAAAAUUCUGGUAUUGCUACGUUAGAGGAACCAUUUGCACUAUAUACGAAAACUUUAAUAAAUGAAGAUUUAAUUGAAGUGAAGAAAUGGCUUCAGUUUAAUGUUGAACCUAUGAAUGAAGUAAUUAUAAAAUGGCAAGAAACUUGUGGAAUUCGUAGAGACUAUCUUUUAUCUCAAAAUAUAACCAUAAAUGAUAUUCUUGACGAAUGGCCUAUUUUGAAACAGUCAUUUGGUCACAGUUUGAUUGAUAUUGAUUUUGAUCAUAUUUACCCUUCAAAAGGAAACUCACUGUUUGUGAAGUGGGAUCAAUUUAUUUUUAAAAUUAUUCCGUUAAUGAUCAGUAAUAUAAAAGAUGGAAACAGCAAAUUAUUGGUCAAGCGUUUAAUAGAAAUUAAAGAAACAGAUAUUGAAGCUAGAAAUCAUUUAGUUUUGGAUUUAAUGAAUGCUCUAUUGGUUCCAACUUCAAAAUCUUAUGAAAUAGAUACUGUUACCAACAAACGACGUAUUGUCAAAACGUCUAUUUCUGAUGCCAAAACUUCUUUUCUAUUACAAGUAGUUUCAAUGAAUGACUUACAUGUUCAAAUUCAAUUACAGAUUGACAACGCUUACAAGAAAAAAGAAAAAGUGCAACCAUUCAUUUGCAUUGUGGGAGCUGACUUAGAUGGUACAAAAGACUUUUAUGUAUAUUAUUUCAACACUUAUUAUAAAUUGUCCAACAUAAUUCGUGCAUUAGACACAUGUUUUAAAAUUUUCCAAGUGUUUAACCUACAGUACCCAAUUCAAUCUGGUUUAGUUUGGACAUUUGUACAGAAAUUUAUCUAUGAUAUUCAUAAUGAGUGUGAUGUUAAAAGUUCUACACUGACAUCAUUAAUUUCUGAUUUAUCUAUUUAA